ACACGGGUACACUAACGAAGAAGAAGUGGAGGACGGAAACCUUCACAUUUCUCCAACUUCCUCGUCUUUUGAGUCUCCUUUUUCUUCUACCAGCAGUGCAGGCGGCCUUGUUAGUUCUCUUCUUCCCUCUUGUUCCAUUCCAAGUGCUCAAAGAAGGCUGCCUGUCCCUUCACCGAGGGGAGCGAACGAAGGAAGCAGGGAGUGAAAGAAACUAAGAGAGGGGGAGACACGGAGAAAGAAAGAGAGAGAGAAGGAUUCAACGAUAGAUCCUCUUCCAGUGUGAAUGGACGAGAGAGUUGUUGGUGGCCCGACCUUCUUCGGUACACACACAAAUGAGAGGCUUGCAAGCAUCUCUCUCACCAGUACGACAAGGAGAGUUUAGCGAAGAGUGUGGUGGUCCCUCAGCACAAAAUCCCAAUCGUAAACAGUGUCUCUGAAUGAAAAAUCAAGGUGAUCGAAGUGUCGAUUUGUGUUUCCUGCAUUGUUGCUUGGACCCCCAAGGACCACCUAAUGCGUGUUUUGCCACUAUCAAAUGUGGAAAUUACUGUUUUCAUAAGAAAAAGGUCCGUGUCGAGUUGUUAAGUGACGUGCUGAAUUGGGACGGAAUGUCGAUUAGCACCAUGUUAUCAGUGCGGGUGAUUUUGAUAUGAGUGUGUUCCACAGGAAGAGUACGUGUGCUUUCUAAAAUAUCAGCCUCAAAAACCCUUUGAACCAACCUAAAGUUGUCAUCAUUGCCAGGGCUAUUUCCAAUCAAGAAGCAUCAGUGGUGUCUUUAUCAUGACUUGCUAGACUAAGCGAGUCCUCCGUUACUCUAAUAGUCGACGUCCUCCUCGUCCUCGUCCCCUCUUUUUUAUUUGAUGAGGCAACUUCGAUUUGGCACCAAUUCAACAGCGUUUUUUUCUCUCUCUCUCUCUCUGUCUCUUUUUUUCUGGCUCCCUGGGCCUUCUCUGAUCCCAAAGGCUGAUGUCAAGUGCCAAGAGUCGGGCAUAGUUUUCUGAAAAAGAAUCAUCGCUUUUUGUGCCUCGUCUUGAACAGAGGGGUGCAUUUGAUGCGUCUCGCGAAGGCUCGUAGCUCAAAGUGGGUCUAAAUUAAGUAAACGAGCUCCCAAAGAUCUCCUUCGCAACGGUUCCAUUGACGGACCCGGACAGACAAAGGUGGUGCGUCGUUCGUUCUUUGACAAGCAUUCCAUCUCGUUCAUUAAAGCAUGCCAAAACUGGCCCCUAAGUUGUCGACAAAUGUUUCCGAGAGAGAUCACUGAACAUGUAAACAAUCCCCCGUAGUUUUUGCCAAUGUCAAGAAGCCAGAGACAAGGCAGUCCUGAGUGAGUGAGUGAGUUAGUGAGUGAGCGAGUGAAUGAGUCGUCGUCUUGUUUGCAAGACCGAGUAAGUGAGUAAAUCUGCUACGAGGUUGGGAAAGUCAUUUUGCCGCAAAUCGGGUCUUCUCGCCCAAUGGAGUGCUUCAGUGUCUUCUUCGGGAAAAGUUGCCGUACAUAGAGGUACAAUUGGUGAUCGUGCGAUGCUAUCUCAGCGAAAAUGUACACAAACGUGCAUGACAUGACAAUGAAGCAGUUGCAGUAGAUCUCUCAAGCCAAGACUAAGCUCAACUUCUGCUCAAUACUCAUUCUGCCGAUCCUGCGGAAUCCCACCUGGUCUCCCAAGUGAGUGAAUCAUGGUUGAUUUGGGAGGCUACGUUAUCAUUUUGGUCGAGACCAAGGAGAAGAAAGUGAAGCUUUAUGGCUCUCCUGCUGACAAAGCCGACUUGGAAGUGGCCGAUGAGAUCCUGGAAAUUAACGGAGAAUCACUGGAAAACUCCUCCCACACAGAUGUCAUAUCGCAUAUUCACAACUGCAUCAAAUCCAGGACAAUUUGUCUUCGGGUCAAAAGGAGAUCUGGGAAUAAACUUGCCAAGGAACUGGCCGAAAGUAGCCACGUUCAAGAUGCCUUUGUGAUUGCUGUGGAGCAACAAGCCAAGGAGAGACUGGAACGGCUCUCUGCACUUCGAAAAAUCAAGCCUGUGGAUAUGACCAAACUCUCACAACAGCUCUGUGAUUCCCCUCCUUCGGAACAUGAUCAACCCAACACGAUUUAUUCUGCCCCAGUUUCGGAGCUGGGAUCGACUGCCAACUUGAAUAAGGUUACUUCUUCUUCGUCUUCUCAAAGCAAUAACCAUAAAAACAAUUACAACAAGCGCACCACUGCAUCCAAUAACAACCACCCGAAUGCUUGUCCCUCAAGCGUAGUGACUGAAGAAGCCCCAAACAUUCCCAAUCCAUCCUCAUCUUCACCCAAGAAACCAUUGGCCUUGUCAUCGAGUCCAAUCCCUCUUAAUACGAAUGCUUCUUCCUAUUCUGCUGGUGCUAUUCCCUCUUCCAAACCUGUAUCGGAUGCCAACAACAAAACGACUCUCAAGAAGGUUGACUCGCUGGGCGAUGAGACUGACGGCGUGGUUGGCAGCGGUGGUGGUGGUGGUGGCGGAAGUUGUGGUGGUGGAAGUACUGGAGGAGGUUACGUGACAGAUGAGGAGCUAGAACUCACCCAAACAAUAGAGGCCGUUCCACCUCCCAAGAGAUAUGAGACCGAGCUUCUCCAGAAAGCUGAUGACAUCCAAAGCCCUUCGAAAGAAGUGCUGAUUGCUGACGAUUCAUCCAGGCGGUCAAGCCGAUCUUCGAUAUUCAACAACGGCUCCAACGGGCUCUCACUACCAAAUAAGAAUGGAAAUGACCAUAAUGGAGGAACGGGGAGCAACAAUCAUCGCUCAGAGAGCAGGAAGACCUCCAUCCGAAAUGGUCAACAGCACUUGAAAAUUGCUGAAGAGGAGGCCAAAAUUGGGGAAACCAUUAAGCGGAAGGUCCGCCAUAAACCCUUGGGUCAAACCAUGUCUCUAAAAACCGUGGUUGAUGCCAAUGAGAUGUUAACCAUCGUGGAUCGGGUUCUCCGCGAUCCCAAAUUGGUGCCGGACAAUUUAACCCAAUUAUCCGGCCUGAUCCGUCACACUCAAUUCCAGAGACUAUUGACCAUUCACAACACCAUUCAAUGUGUUCAAUGCUUUCAAUGUCCUCCCAGAGCUCUCUGCUCAAACAUUCAAGAACUCGUUCGAGAGUGUCUGGUGGCUCUGCAAUCGAGUGUUCUUCCAGAGGCAGCAGAAAUUCUCCAAAUUCUACAACAAAUUGAAUUCGAGGAACUCUUCUUUUGUCACGACAAGUUGGCCCAACGACAGGCCGCUAAGCCUUGGGAAAAAUGCGUGGCCGAGAUGUGGACCAUUCCCCAAUCUCAAUCAAUGGAUAAUUUGGCGUCCGUGAAUGAGCUCUGUUCAGCCCCCGUUGAUCCAAUAUCCCAAGAGAAUGGUCCGCUUGGUGGAACAAAUAAUCCCAACAUCCCAAACGCCGUAAUCAGUGGUAAUAAUUCGAAUAGCGGUAUUGGGUCAUCGGCUGUGACUAAUUCGGCUGGAGCCAGAUUUCCCGGCGGAGCAGUAACUCCACUGCCAACACCCUCGUCUUCAUCAAUAUCAUCCACUAAUCCAGCCACGGCCAUGGGGAAAAAUGGCGAUGUGACCAAAGUCGUCAAAAUCGUGAAGCAAAAUGAGCCCUUAGGUGCAACGGUGAGAAAUGAGGGUGAUAAGGUGGUGAUUGGACGUGUGGUGAAAGGUGGUGCAGCGGAACGAAGCGGUCAACUUCACGCAGGAGACGAAGUGCUCGAGGUCAAUGGCUUGAAGCUGAAGGGCAAGUCGGUCCAUGACAUUUGUGACACCUUGUGCCAAAUGACUGGGACCCUAACAUUUGUGAUUGUGCCUAACUCGGAUGAAGUGGAACCAAGCGGUGGUGCUCCGACCUUGCCCAAAGAAUCCAAUGGCUCCAUCAUGGGUCCGAACGCAAUGGAAAUGAUACCACAGGGAGCCAGCGCAUGUCUGAGUGUUCCGCCGGAAGAAGUGCUCCACUAUCGUGCUCAUUUCAACUAUAAUCCUGACGACGAUCUCUACAUUCCUUGCCACGAGUUGGGCAUUUCAUUCCAAAGAGGCGAUAUUCUUCACGUUAUCAACCGAGAAGACCUGAAUUGGUGGCAAGCUUAUCGCGAUGGAGAGUGGACCCAGACAUUAGCAGGCCUUAUCCCCAGCUUGGCCCUUCAGCAACAUCGGAUGGCCCUUCAAAGGCAGAAACGCGAGCAAGAUCUUAAGGAACAACGCGAGUUGGAGCGGAACAGCCCGGCCAAGAAGAAGGGCGGAUUGGGCAGGGCCACCAGUGGAUCCGCAGCCUCUCUCCUCUGCGCACGCAAAAGCAAUAAGAGGAAGAAGAUGGGAUCACCGUUCAAGAAAGCCGAGAAAUAUGAGGUUCCUCCUUAUGAGGAGAUGGCUCUUUACUACCCGCAAGCAAAUCAAAGAAGGCCUUUAAUUCUUGUGGGGCCUCCGAAUAUCGGUCGGCACGAGCUGCGAUUGAGGCUGCUCGAAGACAUUAACCGAUUCGCUGCUGCCGUACCUCACACUUCCAGAGCCAAAGGCGAGGGCGAAAUCGAUGGUCAAGAUUAUAAUUUCGUCAGUCGAACCCAAUUUGAAGAGUACGUGGGCAGUAAGCGCUUCGUGGAACACGGCGAGUUCGAUAAGCAGUAUUAUGGCACAUCUUUGGACGCUGUGCGGACCGUCAUCAAUUCGGGCAAGAUCUGUGUUCUCAACCUUCAACCUGGCAGCCUUCAAAUCCUUCAUGACUCCGAUCUCAAACCUUACGUCGUCUUUCUUACUCCACCCAGCCUUCAGACUUAUCGACAACAACGUCUCAAAUAUGGCGAGCCUGUCAAGGAAGAGGAAUAUCGAGACUCGAUUACGUUUGCCCAAGACAUGGAAGAGCAAUAUGGACAGUAUUUCGAUUCCGUGAUUCCUUUUGAUAACGUAGAUUACGUCUUUGAGCAACUGUUAUACGAGAUCAAUCUCCUGGAGAGAGAGCCUCAGUGGGUUCCAGCCAAAUGGACCAAAGAUCGAUAAUUUGAUGGAUUGUAAUGACAACAUUGCGAUCGAGCAUGUCACCAAAAUAUAUUUGCUGCAUGGCCUAAAAUCAAAGUCAGUGUGUCCGAAAGGAGGGUCAUGGAGCUUUUGACAAAUCCUGGACCGUCUAAUCAAAAUCAAAUACAUUUAUUAUACUCUUA